AUGGACAAACUGCAUGAGACGUUGAUAAACAUGGAAGACGCUUUGGGUUCGGAGCACUCCAUCUGCUUAUCAUCCUGGGACUGGAAAAGUGCCACCGGAGCUUUUGAGCUUCACCCCGUCUCAUCUCCGCACAGCUUAUCCCCGACGCCCUCCUUCGAAUCCUACUCCUCGUCCCCUUGCCCGGCAGCAGCAGAGACCCCCUACGGCAGCGGCGGCGGCAGCCUGGUGGGCUACAGCCUGGUGGACUUCCCCACCGCCUACCUUCCCAGCCCGGGGCAGGCCCGGCUGCCCAAGGGCACCAAGGUGCGGAUGUCUGCCCAGCGCAGGAGGAAGGCCAGCGAGAGGGAGAAGCUGCGGAUGAGGACCCUGGCCGAUGCGCUCCACACACUGCGCAACUACCUGCCACCCGUCUACAGCCAGAGGGGACAGCCCCUCACCAAAAUACAAACCCUGAAGUACACCAUCAAGUACAUCAGCGAACUGACGGAGCUCCUCAACAGCGUCAAGCGGGUGUAG